AGCUUAGCUUAUCACUGCUAGGUAUUCAACUCUACGACGAUUUCAACCUUAGGCUCAACGUGAUUUAUCAUGGAUAUCGAACAAUUUCGCCGUGCUGGUUACCAGGCUAUCGACCGGAUAUGCGAAUACUAUUACACUCUUCAAGACAGGCCAGUAACUGCAAGAGUAGAACCAGGGUACCUGAGAAGGACGCUCCCAUCCGAAGCACCUCAGACCAGCGAGAACUUUGACUUGAUUGCGCAGGAUUAUGAGACUUAUAUCAUGCCAGGUCUUACCCACUGGCACCACCCGUCCUUCUUUGCGUAUUUCCCUAUCGGCAGUACCUUCGAGGCGGUCCUUGGUGAUUUGUAUGCAAGCAGUGUCCCCAAUCCCGGUUUCAACUGGUCUGCUAGUCCGGCUUGCACAGAGCUAGAGACAGUUGUCAUGGACUGGGCCGCUAAAAUGCUGGGUUUGGACCCAACCUUUCACAAUAGCGCAAACGUUGGCGGAGGCGUCAUCCAGACCACUGCAUCAGACUCAGCACUUGUUGCCGUUGUAGCAGCUAGGUCUCGGUAUACCAAACAACACCGAGGUGUUCCUUCCGAAACACUACGGAUAUACACUACCACACAGACGCAUUCACUAGGGAAGAAAGCUGGUCUUGUGCUUGGCUUGGAUAUUCGUGCACUAGAAGUUGCGGCUCAAGAUAAUUUCGCCCUUCGUGGAGAUACAUUGCGCCGUGCACUCGAGGAAGACCGUGCUGCCGGGCUACACCCAUUUAUAAUGAUUGGGACCGUCGGAACGACCUCCUCAGGUGCUGUCGAUUGCCUUGGUGAAGUAGGACUAGUUUUGGAGGACUACCCCUUCAUAUGGCUACAUGUUGACGCUGCAUGGGCAGGGAUAGCGAUGGUGUGCCCUGAGUAUCGGGAUGUCUGCGCCCUUGGUGAUAUUAACAAAUAUGGGGAUUCAUUCUGCACGAAUUUCCACAAGUGGGGACUCGUAAAUUUUGAUUGUUCCGGAUUUUGGGUUCGGGACAGGGCGAGCUUGAUAGAUGCACUGGACGUCACACCCGAGUUUUUGCGUACAAAACACGGGGAUGCGGGCACCGUGAUUGAUUAUCGAAAUUGGCAUUUUGGGCUCGGGCGAAAAUUUAGAUCACUGAAGCUGUGGUUCGUCCUGCGGUCUUUCGGUGUCGAAGGCUUUCAGCGGUACAUUCGAGAGACCGUAAAGCUCGGCAAUAUGUUCGCGUCCCUCAUCCGGGAAUCUACUGAGUUCGCCUUGGUCACACCGCCAUCUUUGGCAUUGACUGUUUUCCGACUCGAACCUCGGGCCUCACCGCCAGUCUCCCUCGCAAAACUGAACGAAUUAAAUAGGGUGUUCUAUGCACGAGUAUCAGCUCGGAGUGAUAUUGCGUUUACGCAAACGGAUUUGAGUGGCACUUUUUGUGUUCGCGUGGCCGUUGGAGCGACCCGGACAUCGGAGGAUCAUAUUAAACAUGCGUACGAGAUUCUAUGUCUAGAGGGAAAGGCUGCAUUAGAGGAAUGGCAAUGCGCAACCGGAGAAGUUCAGUAGAACAUUCACCAUCUAAGUAACAUUAAUUAUUCCUCCCCGUGGCUGACUGGCUGUAGCAUUUUCCACGAGUCAAUAUACUGUCCUCCGGGUGCUAGGAUUACCUGUACCUAUUGGUAGUGGUUUGGAUUGACGGAACAACUGUGGCACUCCGUCAUAG